AUGGAGUCCUAUGGCUUGCCCAUGGGCGGCUUUCAGCUGCCCUUCCAGCGCCGCCUCAGCAGGCUCUACAAUGACACGAAGAAAUCGUCCGACUUUGUGAAGGACACGGUGCAAAAUGAAGAGGAUCCCGAGAUCAAAGCCAUGCACCGCAAGCUGCGCAUCCAAAAAGACCGCCUCGUCACAUGGGGUCUCGAGUGGUCCGACCCCAGCCAGUCGGCCGAGGUGCUUAUUGAUUCUUCUCUGUCCAAAGCCGGCCUGAGUGAAGUCGUCGGCAGCAUCAUGUCCACGAUCAAAGACAUACUCGCCGAGGCCGAGCCCUUGUGGUUGAGCUCCAAGCGGUUUGUCGGCGAGACAGAUGCUCCGAAAUCUGCUGGCGAUAAGAAGAUGCCCAUCGUGACCUGGGACAAGGGCCGCUUUGAAGACUUGGUUAGGGACCUGACGACCUCGAUUGACACUCUGUAUGACUUGUCCAGGACGCGUUCCUCGGCAACAUCACAAGCAGCUCGGUCCAAGCUUUACAAAUCCGGCUCAUCGAUGGAAGACCUGCGGCCUUUUGAGUCGUCGAGGAUGCAAACACCCCAGCACAUCGAUCCGCAGACACUGACCCACCUUCAGUCCAUGCAGGCCGAGCCCAUGACCGAAUCCGCAUCGACUCACAAGCUUCGCGACAUUGUCUUCAUGAGCAAGCAAGCGUAUUCCGGUCUCACACCCACCGGCACAACCCGACAGCCGUACUCGCCACUGCUCCUGGAAUACGCUCCCUUCGACCCGAUCUACUCUACUACCGGUAUCAUGCCGUCCAUGACAAGGUUCGAGAAACUUUCGGCAGGUCUUCAGACGGAACCGCAACGAUCGCCGGGCUCAUGGACCGGCCUGCCCAGGCUGCUCGGCUAUUUCGAGGAUAUGGAACAUUCGCGGUUGGGUCUUGUCUACCAGUUUCCCCUCAACUUUAACCCGGUAUCUUUCGAGAACUUGACACAAAAUCCGUUGUACAAUCUCUGCUCUCUCUCCGAUCUGCUGGCGAAACCGGACUUUGAACCAAAGCUCGAGGCCAAGUUCCGCCUAGCAUACAACCUCGCCAAUACGGUAUUCGACAUGCAUGCGCGGGGCAUCACUCACGGAAACCUGAUUGACACCAACAUAUCAUUUUGCAAUACGACUGGGACAGAGCCCGGCCUGAGUUCCGGCGAGGUAGACAUCCGAAGACCUCUCAUAUCAGCGUUUGACCUUUUCCCCGACUCGCUCCUGCAUGACCCCUCGGUAGGAACGCUGGUCUCGCUUUACCGCCACCCACUCGACCCGAGGACUGCGGCGCAAUCCGGACAGACCCCUGUCGUCGUCAAUGCCGAUCCGAAAGUAUUUGACCUGUAUUCCCUGGCAAUGCUCCUACUCUCCAUUGGCCUGUGGACGAACCUUGAGAACUUAGUCACGCAUCCAACAUCAACUUCGAUCCCAGAGUCCGUCCUUGAGCAACUCGCCAUUCGCUGCGGCACGCUUUAUACCAAAGCAGUCCAGACGUGCUGGACAGCCAUUGACAAGGAGCUUGCAGGACGGGUGACGGGAGAUACCCUCCUAGCUCGCGUUCAGGUUAAAGCCAGCAGGUUUCUCGAGGCAUGCUGCAUUUUGGAUGGCGUCAGCGGUCUGGAGGAGCGACUUAGCGAUGACUUAGGUGACGACUCUAUCACUUCACGUCUAGCGACAUCCACACCCCAGCAGCAAGGCGGAAGCUCGUCAAAGGAUCUUGAGGCCAUGAGACAGUCAAUUGAAGACACUUUCCUCUCGGCCUCUGAACGAGCAACCCCAGUGGCUGAGACCAGGAGACCUAUCCAAACAACUCCGAUCAGCUCUACACCUGUAGCUUCGCCAAUCCUCAAAGAGAAGUCUCCGAUCACUUCUGCAAAAAUGCGACUCUACACGCACGUGUCUCUGCCCAAGGAGACCGUCGACCAAUGGAACACCAUGCUCAUGCCUCAGAUUAAUCAGGCACUUCGCCAGUUCUAUCGCAAGCAUGCUGAAUCUGUCGAGAUAUCCCUCGAGUCUAUCGGAAAGACCCCCAGGGACACGCAACCUACCGUUUUGAUCGUGUGCACAUCGGUUUCGAAGGUGAGAAACAUCCUGAGACGGAAGCUUGGCGACCUAUUCGACGGAACCACUGGUUUUGCCUUGAAAGUCUGCAGAGGACAAGUGUUGCGAUCGCGCAAUCGUGGCAUCCCGCGCAGCAUGGCCAAAGAGGACCAGUCAGACGCGAUCGCCGCGAACAGAGACUUUCAGGAGCGGCCUCGCAAUGGCGCCAGUAUUGGAGCGUGGAUUGGUGACCGGCAUCUACCGCCCGUUAGUCUUGGGGGUCUCAUCAUGGUCGAUGACAAGCCUUACGGGAUGACAGUGCAUCAUAUGCUCGAUGAUCCCGAGGCAGACGAGAGCACACUCACUGAGGACCGUCCCGUCCCCGUCCUUCGCAGCAGCGCCGCAUCGCAGGAGAUACAGCAGCUGAAUGAGUCUUUGGCCGAAUGGUACGCCAAUUUACCGUAUGAUCCAUCUUGCCCAACCAGCGCCAGCAGCAGCGACGACGAUUGUGCCUGCGAGUUUUCAGACACCGAUACAGACGACUACUCUGAAUCGGCAAUCACAAGCGAGCCCUCAGAGAGCGGCGACGAGUACGACGGGCAUGAUGAGUACGGGGAGCCUGGGGAUAUCCCCGGUAUCGAACCGGGAUGUGGAGACGGAUAUGUCGUCACCCAGCCAGCUCUGGACGAUGUUCAAGAGGGGUUCUACCCGAGCCCGGAGAACCAGAAUGAAGACCAUCUUGACACGUUCAGCCUCGGCGACGUCUAUGCGUCAAGCGGCAUCCGCCGACGCAGCGAUGACAGCGGCUUGAUCCACGAGAUUGACUGGGCCCUUUUCCAGUUCCACAACGAGCGCCUACCUCAUGAAAACUCGAUCCCACACGUCCCGAUCCUUGCCCAGGACUCCUCGCGCAAAGGUGCCAAGGGUCGGAAGGCGGAGGCUCAGCAGCGGACGGCCAUGUACCACCUCGCGGGCAACGAAGUCCACCCCAUCGACGUCGCCCCGACGUCGGCGCUGCCCGGUCUAGAGGUAGAGUGCAUCGCGCGCACCUCGGGGAUGCAGACGGGUCUCGUCCUUCCGACCAUCGUCUCAGUCAAGAUCUACGGCCGCGCGUCCCCGAGCCACACGUACCAGGUGACGGGGACCAAGCCGCUCUACAACCCGCACCACACGCAGGGCCGGCGGCCGAUGCCGAUGGGCAUCCCGGGCGAUAGCGGCGCCUGGCUCGUCGAGCGCGCCAACGGCCGCCUGUGCGGACACGUGCUGGCCUGGUCGGAGCGCAAAAAGGUGGCGUACAUCUGCCCCAUGGACGUGCUGCUGCUCGACAUUGCCGAGACGCUCGGCGCGGCGGAGGUCAGGCUUCCCGGCGGAGAGGCCAUUGUCAAGAUCCAGGACCAGUCGAGGGAGGGCCACGUAGUGUACGAGGACGAGAGACAUCACGGGCUGCCGUCGCCGCUCGACAGACAGCGGGUUGCCGAUGAGGGCUACCAUGAAGAUAUCGAGGUCGGGGAUGAGGACGAAGGGCAGAAAUUUGCGCAGGGAGGCCAGUCCCCGCCGCUGGAUGUACAGCGGUCUGCCCCCUGUCGGGGCACGUCGCCCAUCGCAGAUAUUGAUUUGGCGAGAGAGAUGGGCAAGAUGCGCCUUGGCGGCAGUGGCGUUCCGGUGACUUCGUAG